AUGGCUCACAUAUCAGAUAUUAAACUGAUAAGAACAGAUACUACACUUGAUCUUAGCCAAAAGGCCGAGAAAGAUCGAAAUAAAGGAAGCAAACUUCCGCAGAUUAUCCAUUCUUGUGCUUGGAAACAGAUUUUUAUCGGAAAGUCUUCGGAAUCGGCAGCGGAAGAAGAGGAAAUUGUUCAUCUUUGUCUUGCCAUGGCCAUGUAUAUUCGUGUGAAGCGCAUGAAGACCACUUACUUUAUCCAGUGCGAGCCAACAGAGACUGUUUUGGAUGUCAAGCAGAAACUGUUUGCCCUCAUUGAGCAACCAGUUAGCAAUCAGCGUCUGGUCUUAAUGUCUACCGAAGAAGUAUUAGAGGAUUCGAAAUCGUUAGCUGAGCAGAAGGUUGAGAAUGAUGCAGUUGUGGCUCUGACUUUGAGGAAAGAUGAUAACGAGUUUGAGGAUGUCAACAUUGCAGAGCCCACCGACUUCUCAAUCUCAUGA